AGGGGGGGCCGCGGCCCCGGGCGGGGGCUCGGCGCGGGCCCGGGAGAUGCCGGUGUCGGCGGCCCGAGCGGCUGCAGCUGCAGCGGCGGGGGAGGCGGCAGCGGGGCCAGGGAGGGGGGCUGCGCAGGGGGCCGGCGCGUAGCCGGGACUAUGGAGGGGCAGAGCGGCCGCUGCAAGAUUGUGGUGGUGGGGGACGCAGAGUGCGGCAAGACGGCGCUGCUGCAGGUGUUCGCCAAGGACGCCUACCCCGGGAGUUAUGUCCCCACCGUGUUUGAGAACUACACCGCCAGCUUUGAGAUCGACAAGCGCCGCAUUGAGCUCAACAUGUGGGACACUUCAGGUUCUUCUUACUAUGAUAAUGUCCGGCCUCUGGCCUACCCUGAUUCGGAUGCUGUGCUCAUCUGCUUCGACAUUAGCCGACCAGAAACACUGGACAAUGUCCUCAAGAAGUGGCAAGGGGAGACUCAGGAGUUUUGCCCCAAUGCCAAGGUUGUGCUGGUUGGCUGUAAACUGGACAUGCGGACCGACCUGGCCACACUGAGGGAGCUGUCCAAGCAGAGGCUUAUCCCUGUUACACAUGAGCAGGGCACUGUACUGGCCAAGCAGGUGGGCGCUGUGUCCUACGUGGAGUGCUCCUCCCGAUCCUCCGAGCGCAGCGUCAGAGAUGUCUUCCACGUGGCCACGGUGGCUUCCCUCGGCCGUGGCCACAGGCAGCUGCGCCGAACUGACUCGCGCCGGGGACUGCAGCGUUCCACUCAGCUGGCAGGACGGCCAGAGCGGGGCAACGGGACCGGGAGCGAGGGCGAGAUACACAAGGAUAGAGCCAAGAGCUGCAACCUCAUGUGAGGGGCCUGGUGGGCCAGAGUGUGAGGCGGGGAGGCGUAGGGCACACUUGUUCCCCUGCUGGCCCCUGGCUUCCUGACCUCCUGAUUCUGGCUGGGACUUCAAGGCCAGUGUGUGAACAAUUCCCUUGGGCAGGGGAGCUGGAGACAAGAGUGCCGCCACUCCCCGCGUCCUCAUUCUGCUCCUCUCCAUGGCAAGUUGAGGGCACUAGCAGGGAGGCAUCUGGGCUGGGAGCUGGGAUGGGAUGGGGUGGGGGCGGGGGGACAGCUGGCAUCAAGCAGUGACCUUGGUUGAGUCUCAGUAAAUGAAGGGUGCCUUCCCUCCCCACCUUCAGUCCCCAUAUCCUGGCCCUGGCUUCCUCCCCUAAGGAAAGUGUCCAUUCUCUGAGCUUCCCUCUUCCUUGCCCCUCACAUCUACAGCUGUUCUCACUCAUCCUAACCUCCAGGCAACAUGCAUUAAAUUCAAAAGCAAGUUGAGAAGCCUUUACCCCCAACUACCCACCAGUCCUAGCUCCCUCUCUCCCAUCCCCCAACAGUCCCCAAAUAAAGCCCGUGUCCAUGGAAAA